AUGACUCGCGCCCCCCUAGCCAUUGCAGGUCAACUUGGAGAUUGGUGGUUACUCUGCCAUGAGGAGCAAGGCAAUGCGUUUUUUGCUUUAAAGUUAUCUAGCGACCUAGGUUCUGCCAAAAUGUAUCAGCUUCUUGAUUCCCUAUGUGAACCUUAUCAUAGGAAAACUGUUUCUGUCAUGUUCAGAAGAAAUGCUGAUAAUUUUUAUGGUAUGGGAUCUGAUGUUUUGCCAAAAUGUAUCAGCUUCUUGAUUCCCUAUGUGAACCUUGUUAUAUUUCUCAGACCUAGCGACAUAGAUCAUAGGAAAACUGUUUCUGUCAUGUUCAGAAGAAAUGUUGAUAAUAUUUAUGGUAUGGGAUCUGAUGUUCUGCCAAAAUGUAUCAGCUUCUUGAUUCCCUAUGUGAACCUUGUUAUAUUUCUCAGACCUAGCGACAUAGAUCAUAGGAAAACUGUUUCUGUCAUGUUCAGAAGAAAUGUUGAUAAUUUUUAUGGUAUGGGAUCUGAUGUUUUGCCAAAAUGUAUCAGAUUCUUGAUUCCCUAUGUGAACCUUGUUAUAUUUCUCAGACCUAGCGACCUAGGUAUCAUUCGUAGUCACCUCUCAAGACCAUGGCUUUGA